AGGCUCUGCUCCGGCCGCGGCUCUGCCCACAGCUCCCGGGGGCUCUGUAAAGCGCUUUCCGUGGCACUUGUGCUGCCUUUCCCAGUUCCUGAUCACCUCCGUAUCCCCCUAAGGCAGGAUUGUUAAUUCACCUCCUAAUGCGCCGUAAGGUGUAUCUUGUUCACAGGCGGGCUUCUUUGAUUAGUAGGAGGCAGAAGGGGUGUAAAUACAACAGUCUGGAGGAUUUGUGUUCAGCAUAAAGAUAAAUUCUGUGUAUUGUCAGCGCUGUGCUGGUGGGAAUUUUAUACUGCAUUCUCUCCUUUUCCUUUAUUCUUUCCCAUAUUCCCAUCUAAUGGCUUGUUGUUCAGUUCUGCUACAGUUCUGCUUUUGUUCUACAGACGUAAUGAAAUUAUGCCAUAGAAUAAGCUUCACGAAAAAUGAGAAGUCUUUCACUGGGGCCUUUAAAAAGGGUAGAGUGGGGAAACAACCAACCAAACACCCCUAAAACCAAUAAAAUAAUCAGGAAGCCCUGGUUUGCCAUGAGGGGCUGGUUUACUGCUAGUUAGAGUUUGUUGUCUCUAAUUUUUGAGAUAAAGAGGGCUCAUUUGGUGCCCUCUAAAUAGGGAGAAUUGUAGGGCAUUUGUCCCACCCUGUGCUGUGUUGAUUUAUGGUAUAAAUUGAAAUGUGACAUGACACACUUCAAUCAUAACGCCAGAAAAGGGGUUAAUGACUCAUUAGUUUGAUCUCCUAUAAGAUGGGAGAGGAAAAACUCCAUUUUGGAAUCAGUUUUGCAAGCGAGAGAUUUGUGCUUCUUUUAAACACUGUGCCUUCCCAUGUCCAAGGGUCCCCAGGGCACUUUCCAAGAGAAGCUGCAGUGCUGCAUUUCACAGCUGGAGGCAAAUCUUCGCCUCAGCCCAACUCCCAAACAAGCAGAGGAGACCCAGUGCAUUCUCAAGGUCCUGUGCUCCCAUGACACCCCUUUUGUGAAUAAGCAAGAAGUGAUGAACCACAUGUUUGAGGAUAAUCACCUCAAGAUGGCUGACGAUCAGAUGUGCAUGGACAAAGCAGUGUCUUACAGAGGGAGUUGCAGUAGCAGUGGCAUCCACACAGUAGGAAACUGGCAAGUUGAUAGAAACGUUAUGCUUUCUUUCCUAGUCAUGAAACCUGGUGAUGUGGAAAUACAGCAGAGCAGUGGGCAGACUUCAGAUGGUGUGCAUGGGGAGCGAUGUGACCAAAUCUCCAAGGCAAAGCCAAAGUGGUUUAUGUCACCUGACAACAGCUUCCGAUUUGAUUUUACACUUUCUGACAGUGACCCAGAAGCAACUGGCACACCUUUGGAAACAGUCUCUGAUGUCAGUGAUGAUGAGCAGAUACAAACCAGUGUUGGAGCCACUGAGCAGGAGAAUGAAGCCUUGAGUUUUGCUGCCUCUGGACAAGAACCCAAGUUUGCUUUCAACUUCGCCAUCGCAGAUGAAGACUGUCCUCUGACUCAGUUAGUACCAGGAAGCCAACAGACAGACUGUACAGCAGAUCAUGAGGUGCUGGGUAAUUCUCUGCUUGCUGAAUCAGGAAGUAUGCCACAGAUUGCAGCCUUGCAGAAGCCUGAAUUGGCUCAAACUACAGGUAGUUCACCAAAAGAGGAUAGAAGCCAUGUCACAUUAAAGAUCCCCCAAUCAGAGACUGCUCCUGGAGAUGAGACAGUGGCAGAGAAAUCAGCAGAUGGAACUGCAAAGAAGAAAAAGAAGAAACAAAAAACAUCUGUCAGUAAAAAGGAUAUAAAAGAAACUGAGAUCAACAGGAAGGCAAGGGCAGAAGCCAGCAGAUGUCAAAAUGCAGGUACUUCCCACCAGGAUGAGACCUCUCAGCAGUCUAGGGACCAGCUGUGGAAGGAGGUGGACUGGUGUGUGGAACAGCUGGAACUUGGCCUGAAGACACAGAAAUCUACUCCAAAGCAGGUUGAUGAGGCUCUCCGUGCAAUCAAGACAUUGCGCAGUGACAAGGCUCCACUGGUGAAGAAGCGUCAACUCAUGAGAGCCAUGUUUGGAAACUACAGGAAGAAGAUGGAGGAGGAGCUGUGCAAAGAGCUGAAGCUCAUGGAAGCAGCUGUGAAAUCUGCCAGAGUUGUGAAAGUGAAGAGAAACAUCUGCAAGAAGAAAGGCCAGUUCAUCCGGAAGUGCUCAGAAGCUUGCAGGAAAAGCCAAGAUUCAGCAGGAUGCCUUUCAGAGUCACCUAGGACACUUAACACAGGCCCGUUCAAAUUCACACCUUCCCAAGAAGAGUUUCGCUUUAAUUUCUUGUAGGAAAGUCUAAAACUGUGGCUGAAACCUUUGCCAUAUAUCCUAUAAACCUAAGAAUAGUGGAAAGAUGCUGUGCAGUAGGAAAUGUUACCCAAAAAACUGUCUUUUCUAAAGUAAGGUUUGUCUUUCAGAAGAAGGUUAAGUUUCUGUGAAGAUUCAGCACAGAAGCAUCCAACUAUAAUGGCUGGUUGGAUGCUUCCACUCCGUGUGAGUCAAUGCAGCGUCUGGUACGCAGAAAGCCCUGGGCAGUGUGUGUCAGCACUGCCACCUAGAGUAGGAGUUCAGGGUCUUGGAGGAAAAUGAGUGAGAAUUCUUGCUCAUUCAUCUAUUCAGUUGAACAGGUAUAGACUUCAAAGACAAUUGCAAAUGCUGCUUUAAUCUAGCUUAGGGAUGGAAGGACAGUUGUUUCCAGACAGGGAUGGAUUUUUGUUGCUGAAGCCAGAUACUGGCCAGCUGGGAAGGUUGUACAAUUGGCUCUUGGAAAACAAGUUUACUGUAUAAGUAGCCCGUUUACAAUCACCAGUGACUCAGAGGCUGAAUCAGCUGCAUGCCAAGCUUGGGUGGUGGUGAAAUGAACUGAGAAAGCCCACUGACUCUUCUGCGUUGGAUAUGUAUUAAAUUUUUGCUACCUGAACAGUUGAAUGUGUCUUUCCACACAGUGGAGUUUCAGUGUUUCAAUACUACAACCCAUCUCCUGUGUUUAUGCAGAAAAUCUUCCUCUUUAAGCUUAAAAAAGAUGAAGGAACAGAAGUCCUUUAAAAGGAAAAAUGGUAUCAGGUGUCCCUGGGUGCAGUGCUCUCCUUCCUUUUUAUAGUCCAGUCAUCCUGCCUGAGAGACAAGAAAAGAGAGUGUAGGCAGGUUCCAGGAUAUACUGGGAGCAGCUGAGAUGGUGGAAAACGUUUGCUAGGAAAGGCUUCAAAAAACCUGAUGUUGGCUACAAAAAAGAAAUAAAAUACUAAGCUCUGAUACAGUUGGUUCCAUCUGUAAUAUUUUUUUGUUUGUUUUAAAGAAUGCUUGUCUAGCAUAAGGAGAAACUGAACCUGGGUAACAUACCUGAUGAGGAAAAAUAUACAGAGAAAACUUUUAAGUCUUCUGGAAAUCAGUAGGUGAGCAAAUUAAUUCUUUUGCUUGCCAAGGAGCACUGCUGGGACUUUGACUGUAUGGAACAACACUAUACUGUGGUGUGUUUUUUUAUUUCC